GCAAGAUUACGUCCUUUGAAUAGAUGAAUGGCUACCACAAGGGGUUGAACAGAUAGUGGAAAUUCAAAAGUAAACACGUUUAUUUACACAGUAAGAACCCAAAAAAAUGACUUCCAGCACAGAUGAACGUUCGGUUUACGCGAAAUUAGAGGCCGUUAAGGAAAUUCGUGGUAAAACAAUCCAACUAGAGAAAAUUAAGAAUCGUUUAAUUCUUGAAAUCGAAUCUCAGGAUCAAGAGGAGAAAUGUCUCUCAGAAUACAAACAAGAAAUGGAGUUGCUUCUGCAAGAGAAAAUGUCACAUGUAGAAGAACUGAGGCAGAUACAUGCAGACAUCAACGCUAUGGAAGGAGUCAUUAAACAGUCAGAAGAAAGUAGGCAACGAUCUUUGAAUUAUGCAGUACGGCUGCAUGAAGAAUAUGUUCCUCUUAAAAAUGAAAUUGAUAGACUGCGGAGGGAGUGUCUGGGUUUGGAGCGUCUCCCUGAGCUGCAUGAAGAAGAGGGAUCUGCUAUCACAGCAGAGCGCUUUUCCCAGCUCUACAAUUCAAACAAAACACAAUCACAAACUUACAACAAGUCAAGCGACUGGACUCGUCCAAUACAACCAAACGAAAGUUCGACGAGCUCACUAGCGCCACCUCUGCCGCCUACAUUUUUGCCGCCUCCGAAUCCUCUCAGACUAGUGACAAAUAAACCAGAGCCGGGCCGUCCUGGGGGAUUACCGCCUUCGCCACACACAGGACCAACUCCUACAUUCAGGUCCGACCUUAAUCUGAGGCAACAGCCGCCGCCAAUGAAGUCUUGCCUAAGCUGUCAUCAACAAAUUCACAGAAAUGCGCCUAUUUGUCCACUGUGUAAAGCUAAAUCUAGGUCUAGGAAUCCAAAGAAGCCAAAAAAGAAGGACCACUAAAAGAUUUGAGUGUUUGACAGUUUAUUUUGUGUACCUAUUGUGUACUUAGGCAGGCUUGAAUAUCCCAUUUAUAGUAGUACUUUUUUAGAGUUUUUUUUAUUUAAGAGUAAGUAUGUUUAGUAUUUACAGUUAGUGUAUGCUUGUAUUUUAAUAAUUGUUUAAUGUAAAGAGUUUUUAAACGAAAAAAAAAUUUUGUGGACUGAA